AUCGAGCUAGCUCAUCUAAAUGGUUCUCUGCUCGGUCGCUCGGUGUGCUGCUAAGCGUACUAUUGAGGGAGGAAGAGCCCUUCUCGGGUUGUUUCCGUGUGUUGACAGAUUGACUACGGAGGAGGAAUGGUGUCGUUGACUUGAAAUUAGUUUGCAAAUUUACCAUUAUUCUUAAAUAUCGGGCCAGCACUAUGAACCUUCUACCGUCCAAUCCUCACGGGAAUGGGCUUCUUUACGCCGGAUUUAACCAGGAUCACGAUCUUUCAACAGAAAAGGCAGACGUGUACUGCUCAUUGGAAGGCAAACUUUCAGCUGCUUCGCAUGUGGAAUGGAGAAUGGAUUCCGAGUGUACAACACAGAUCCUCUUAAAGAAAAGGAAAAGCAAGAGUUCUUGGAGGGCGGGGUAGGCCAUGUGGAGAUGCUGUUCCGGUGUAACUACCUAGCACUUGUUGGAGGUGGAAAGAAGCCCAAGUACCCACCUAAUAAAGUGAUGAUUUGGGAUGACCUGAAGAAGAAGACCGUGAUAGAGAUUGAGUUCUCUACAGAGGUUAAAGCGGUUAAACUUCGGCGAGACAGAAUUGUGGUGGUUCUAGACUCCAUGAUCAAAGUCUUCACAUUCACUCACAACCCACAUCAGCUGCAUGUGUUUGAGACCUGUUACAACCCUAAAGGUCUUUGUGUCCUGUGUCCAAACAGCAACAAUUCCCUGUUGGCCUUCCCUGGGACCCACUCUGGGCACGUGCAGAUAGUGGACCUGGCCAACACGGAGAAGCCCCCAGUGGACAUCCCCGCCCACGAGGGAGCUCUGUGCUGCAUCGCCCUCAACCUGCAGGGCACACGGAUAGCCACUGCCUCUGAAAAGGGGACUCUCAUUAGAAUAUUCGACACCUCGGCCGGCCACUUGAUCCAGGAGCUGAGAAGGGGCUCUCAAACGGCCAACAUUUACUGUAUUAACUUCAACCAGGACGCAUCCCUCAUCUGCGUGUCCAGCGAUCACGGCACUGUGCACAUAUUUGCAGCCGAGGAUCCCAAAAGGAACAAACAGUCCAGCUUGGCUUCAGCAAGCUUCCUUCCCAAAUACUUCAGCUCUAAGUGGAGCUUCUCCAAGUUCCAGGUCCCGUCUGGGUCCCCCUGCGUCUGUGCCUUUGGAACGGAGCCCAACGCGGUCAUAGCUAUAUGUGCUGAUGGCAGCUACUACAAGUUCCUUUUCAACCAAAAAGGGGAGUGUUCAAGGGACGUCUACGCACAGUUUCUGGAAAUGACAGACGAGAAGAUCUAAGCGGCAGCAGUAAGGACUCGUGUGGAGAGUGUUUUUCGGGAGCGGCCUUUUCAAACCUGCCUGCUGCGGACAGACCGAAACGGCACACCAUGGCCAGUGACCGUCCCGAGGGGGAGGGGAGGGGGCUGUCACUGAGACCUGGAGACAAAAUGGGACAAGGAGGAGGGUGAAGACCAAGUGGACUCGCGACCGUGUGCCAGAUUGAGUUUUAUUUCCUUUUUUCCUGGGUUAACUAUAAAAAGACCUGUCUGAACAGUCAGUGAAGGAUGAUCACACAGAUGGUCCACAGCACAGUGGAACAAACUGAUCCAGAACUCCUCAUGCAACUAUGAGAGAAGAGGGAAAUUUAUUUUUGAAAAGACAGUAGUUGCUUUAUUUUUAAAUGGCAUUUCAAAGAGGGCUGGACUGCCUGUCCAUUUUUGAAGCCCCUUAUGAGAGUUGAACACACUAAAAGAAUGUCUUCUGUGGAAUUCACUUUGAUUUUUUUUAAAGAAUAGUUGAUUCUGUUAUUGUUAGUAAAUGCUCUUGUCAACUAACACCACAUGACCCAGCAUACAAGGUGGGUUAUACAUACAUGUGUAAAAUACCUAGUAGCACUAGAUUUUUGUUUUUAGUGUAAACCCAUUAUGCCAGACUGAACCUAUAUAACUAUAGAUUAUAUGUAUAGAAAAGUAAAAAAAAACAUCAGAAUUGGUUUUUGCAUUUCAUGUUACUCACCUGUAUGUAAAAUUCUAUAAUCUGUCAGAUUUUACACUAAAAUGCCAGUGUUUUUCUCAGUGCUGCAGACUGCAUAGAAGACUGGAAGUGCUCAGUUUUCUGGUUUCGAAGUGUUUGCAGUAGCACAAAUUAGUCAAUUUCUGAGCAGUUGGCAUUUGAAAAGGACAAAGUUACAUAAAAUACACAGCUGUAUCAUAAAAACAUACAUUUUUGUUGAAAUUCAUGAUUUUUGAGAAUAAAGAGGUAUUGUGUAUCAGUAUGGAUGUGUUAUAGCUAGUCUCAAAAUGGUUGUUGAAUUGUAAAACUGAGAGAAUCCAGUCGGCUUCCGUUUGAUGCCAUAAGCUCUGAUUUUCCAAAUUUGUUCUCUCUGUUAUUUGAGAAUUAAGAAAGUUCACCAACAAGGUGACUAGAACAAACAUCACCGGUGUUUCUCAUCAUAAGUGUUCCAUCUCUCCAACAAAUCUGCACUGAAUAUAGCUUGGUCAUGCAUAGCCUCCAGGUGCAACCUUAUUGUUUUUGAAUACACUAACUGAACUUAAUUUUUCCUUGUUUUAUACUGACACAUCUUAUGCCUAAUUAUCAGACCUUCCUUCUGUGAAGCAGAUGAGUUCAGCCCGGAACUGGCUUUCUGAUUACUUGCUAAUUAUAUUUGGCUUAUUUAUGAUUCUGGGACACAGUGGUGCACUAGUGACUAUCUCACAAAUCUCCCACAUUAUACCGCUUGUAAUUUGCAAAGCGGAUGAGAAACCAUGAAGCUAAUGUAAAGUCUUAAAAUCAACCUGCACUGUCAGCUAAUUAGACCUUGUGCUUAGUGUGUAUACUACCUGUAAGUGUAUUAACCCUCCAUGUAUCUGCCAGUUAACCCUUUCUGUGUAUAUUUUAUUAAUUUCCUCAGAUGAAACACAAUGAUGAAUGCUGAUCUUUGCCUCAUUUUUACAGCCACAGUCUUGAAUGUAAAUGUGUUGAUCAGAUUCUGUUCUGCACAAUGUGUGAGUUGUGAUGAAACAUCCAUAUAUCAGCCAUGCACUCAGCAUGGGGUGGGGGGACACGAGCACAGGAACAGCAUUGGGGCACUGCAUACAUUCUGCAUUUUGAGACUUAAAUUGAAAUAUAUUGUUUACUAAUAA